AAAUAAGCCUCCAGAGCUGUUUGAAUCCAAUGACUGGUGUGACCAACACAGAGACAACAAUGAUAGCUUUGCUGCUGCUGCUGGGGCUGGUCGCUCACUCCUCUACUCUACCACUGCCGUCUGAAAAUAGAGACAACUAUCUCUUAGCAGAGAAAUACCUUCGUCGCCUCUAUGGACUUCCAGCUGGUCUCCAAGGUAGACACUCAUCUUCAAGUGCCUUUCAAACCAAGAUCAAGGAAAUGCAGAGAUUCUUCAAUCUCAAGGUGACAGGGAAUCUGGAUGACAACACUUUGGAGCUGAUGAAGCAGGCCAGAUGUGGCGUCCCAGAUAUCGGAGAGUACAACCACUUCCCCCGACACCUCAAAUGGCAAAAUAACAACGUCACGUUCAGGAUAUUGAAUUAUACACCAGACCUGAAGAAGGCUGAUGUAGACAGAGCCAUCCGCAAUGCGCUGAACGUCUGGGCUGAUGUCACCCCUCUGACUUUUAAGAAGCUGCACCACGGCAAUGCUGACAUUAUGAUCAGCUUCGGCUCAAAAGAGCAUGGAGACUACAACCCUUUUGACGGACCUAAUGGACUGCUGGCUCAUGCCUACCCUCCUGGCCAAGGCAUCGGUGGAGACACUCACUUUGAUGAGGAUGAACAGUGGACCAAAGACUCAUCAGCUUACAACCUGUUUAUAGUGGCCGCCCACGAGUUGGGCCACGCCCUCGGUAUGUCCCACUCCUCAGACCCAGGCGCCCUCAUGUACCCUGUCUACUCAUACGCUACAGGCUACCCACUCACUGAAGAUGACAUCGAAGGCAUUCAGGCUCUCUAUGGUCCCAACCCAGACGCAAGGAAAGUGAAGCCAAAGCCUGACGCACCAAACAAAUGUGACCCCGAGUUGACUUUUGAUGCUGUCACAGAGCUCAGAGGAGAAACCAUCAUCUUCAAAGACAGGUUCUACUGGCGUCUCCAUCCUCAGAUGCCAGAGCCUGAGCAGACCCUGAUCAAGUCCACAUGGCCGUCCAUCCCCAACAAAGUGGAUGCAGCUUACGAGAACCCAGAGAAGGAUUUAGUCAUCAUAUUUAGCGGGAUCCGAAUGUGGGCUUUGAAUGGAUAUAACCUCGUGGACGGUUACCCGAAGUACAUACACAAACUCGGCCUUCCCAAGAGCAUAAGGAAAAUAGAUGCAGCUGUGCACAUUAAAGACACAGGAAAGACUCUGCUCUUCACCGAUGAAGACUACUGGAGCUAUGAUGAAGCUGCAGGCAGCAUGGAGAGUGGCUACCCACGAUCCAUUGAGGACGACUUUCCUGGAAUGGAUGACGAGAUCGACGCUGCUGCUUAUCAUUAUGGAUACUUGUAUUUCUUCCAUGAGCACAUUCAGUAUGAGUACAGCUACACCUCCAGGAAGGUGAUUCGCAUCCUGAGGACCAACUCCAUUCUCAACUGCUGAUGAACUCACCCCUGACUUAGAAAUAUGUAUGAAUAUAGCUGGCUAUAUGACACACAAGACAUCCUGACAAACUCUACACAAACAAACAAUGACACAUAAGAAGAUGUUGUCCAGUGUAUGAGCGGGGAAAUGGACAGAUGUUUAUUUUCACAAGUGCUGGACACAGAAUGCUGGAAAAUUCUUCGUAAAUUUAUUUGCUCGUAUUAUUGCUAUUUAUUUUACACCUUUAUAUUUGUACUAAAAGUUUCAUUCUGGACACCAAGAUCUUUGGCAGGUGAAAUUUUUUGACUGCUCUGUGAGCUCAGUAUUUGACUCACAUAUUAUAAUACAUAUGUACUACACAAAAGUUUGGUGAAUUACAAUGAGUGGGAAACACAGGUGGAUUAAUGAGGCUGAAGUAGUGUAGCCAUUUCUUUUAGUCUUUAUUUUAUUUAAAAAAUAAAAGAGCAAGAACAUGUUUUGAAUGACAAAAUAAAUUAGAAGAAAAAAUGUCAAUUCAAGGUCUUUUUGUAUACAGAGUAGCAAAAAGAAGCAGUUUAACUUGAGUGAGAAUGAGAAAGAGCCACUUAAACCAGAUUCCUCAAAAUGUUUUAAAUCAGAUGCUACACUGGGAUGUUUCUGUGAAUUUUCUUGUCUGUAUUUUGAAAAGGCCUUUUGGAAAUGAUUUAAUAAAUCAAAUCUGAAGAAUACAAAGAUGAGAGCA